AUGAUCAACAUUGAAUACAAUGGCACUGCAAAUUUGACAACCGACGGAAAUAAUAAUGAAACAAUUUUCUAUCGCUCAUUUGUCCCCCUAAAAUGCAGUAAUGGGGCGAUGAAUGUUGGUGGACCGUUGACGAUUACAUGUUUAUCAACUGGAUGGUCACAAUUUCCUAAGUGCGUUUCAGCAGUAAUUCCAACAACCGCUUCCAUAAUGGCCACUAUGCCACAAUGGCCCGGGUUAAAUCCAGCAACUACACCAUCUUCGACGGUGUCCACUCGUUGUCCGUAUUAUCCAGACAUAUUCAAUUUGACGCAUGGCUACAUUUUAAUACCUCUUGUAUUUGUAUAUCCAGCAGAUAGCACCGCUGAGGGUUGGGUACAAUUUAGUUGUUUACCCGGCUAUACAAUUGAUCCAGUUGAUGGUAAAUUUCAAUGUAUAAAUGGCGUUUGGUCAACAAAGCCAAGAUGUCUCAAAAGUGGAUCUCGUUGUCUCUUGUCUCAAAUACUAGCAUUUAUUGAAGAUAGAACACAAACUAGUGGAAUGCGCAUUGUCGGCACACCGCAGCUGGUUCCACUUCCAACCGAACUAGGGGUUGUAACCAAUCAAUCGCAUGUUGAAUUUCAGUGCAUCGAUGGUUAUAUGAGUGUCGGAGGACCUCUCAAUAUUACGUGUAAUGCUGACAAUAACUGGAGUGUAUUCCCACGUUGUCAACUAAUUUCAAUGACGACGACGAUGCCUGGUGCUCAACCACUAUGCGCUUGGAAUCCAAAUAUGCUUUUUAUUCAAAAUGGUAUGGUAUCGAAUAAAGAUAAUAUAUUUAUUGUUAUGGGCUCUUAUGUGACAUCGGGCUCUUAUAUCGACUACGUGUGCAAUAACGGUUAUACUUUUAACGUUCAAAUUGGUGCAAGAAGACAGUGUCAGAAUGGAGCGUGGACAACAGUGCCAGAAUGUAUCUUGUCGUCUGGUUCAAUAGGGACAUCAACGACUUCAAUGAUUAUUGCAUCUCUAACAACGACAAACAUUUAUAAUGCUCCUCGAUGUUUGGGUACACCAUCCGUGCCAAAUAGUAUAGUCACAAACAGUACAUUGUACAAUUUUGGACAUAAUCAAUAUGCUGGACACUUUUAUUUUGCAUGUAGUAGUGGAUUCAACAGACUCGAAACAUCGGGACCAUUACAUGUUAUUUGUACAAGUAGUGGAUGGUCAAGCUUACCAAUUUGCAUAGAGAGUCCCUUGUGUAAUGUUGGACUUCUACAAUCAGCCUUGGUUAAUGUUGCUAUAGUUAGACAGAACUUAAAUAGUAAAAAUGGUGGUAUUCUUUUUGGUGGAACAAUUGAAUUACAAUGUGCAAAUAAUUAUAGAUAUGAUGUCUUCUCCGGCCCACUCAUCAUACAAUGUCAGAGUGAUGGACAAUGGACAAGGUUUCCUAAAUGUAUUGCGAAUUGA